CCCAACUUCAUCCACUUCACUUUUAGCCCUCCAGCCAAAUCUCCCCCGACCGCGUCACCCGUCUUCCCCCAACGCGGCUGUCCAUCUCUAUCCAUUGUGCAUAGAGUUUCCCUCCCAGCAGCGCUUGUAGCGCGCCACCACCUAGCGACAACAACAUAACCCAUAACCCACUGGGCACAAACAGGUCAUGACUGGCCUCGAAUCAAUCAAUUCGCCCAUCGCGACGCCGCUGCCCCCUGCCAUCUCCUCCUCACCGGCAGCGCCUACGCAGAGCUCCUCGUCUUCUGACGUCCCGUCGUCGCCAUAGGAGGCCGGCGGCGCCAUGGACCCGGUCAACGAGAACACGCCCGACGGCACCUCGCCGCGCACCUUUGCACUCAACCAUCUCCAACCCAAGUCGAGUUUCGUGGGCUGCUCGCGCAUCUCCGACUAUGAACUCAUGGGCAAGCUAGGCGAGGGAACGUUCGGUGAAGUACACCGAGCCCGAUCCAGGAAAACGGGUGCUCUCGUUGCGCUGAAGAAGAUCAUCAUGCACCACGAGAAAGAUGGGUUUCCCAUCACCGCCCUGCGUGAAAUCAAGCUUCUCAAGCUGCUCUCGCACCCCAACAUUUUGCGUCUCGAAGACAUGGCCAUUGAGCACCCUUCGAGGCCGACCGACAAACGCAAAAAGCCCAUCAUAUACAUGGCAACGCCAUACAUGGACCACGAUCUCUCUGGCCUCCUCGACAACCCGUCUGUGCAUUUCAAGGAGCCCCAAAUCAAGUGCUACAUGAAGCAGCUGCUCAAGGGCCUCUCCUACCUCCACGAAAAUCACAUUCUUCACCGCGACAUGAAGGCAGCCAACCUUCUCAUCAGCAACCAGGGCAUCUUACAGAUUGCCGACUUUGGACUGGCGAGACACUAUGACGGGCACACGCCGCAGCCCGGUCGGCCUAUGGGCGAGGGGCGCCGCGACUACACGGGCCUCGUCGUCACGCGCUGGUACCGUCCUCCCGAGCUUCUGCUGCAGCUGCGUCAGUACACCACCGCUAUUGACGUGUGGGGUGUCGGCUGCGUCUUUGGUGAGAUGCUCGUUGGGAGACCCAUCUUGGCCGGAGAGAGCGACGCCCAUCAGCUUGACCUGAUCUGGGACCUCAUGGGCUCGCCCACCGACGACACUAUGCCAGGUUGGAAGAGGCUUCCAGGAGGAGAGCACUUGUCACCGCGAUCCCGCCCCGGCAGCCUCCAGAAUCGCUUCAGAGAAUUUGGCAGCGGAGCAAUUUCACUACUCAAGGAUCUGCUCAAGCUGGACUGGCGGACACGCAUCAACGCGGUCGACGCCAUGGAGCACCCAUACUUUAAGAUGGCACCGUUGCCCAUGGAGCCGCAUGAGAUCCCCACGUACGAGGAGUCCCACGAGCUGGACCGCAGAAAGUUUCACGAUCGCAAGGCGAACCUGCCGCCUGCGCCCAAGGGCGGCACUGUCGGCGUUGGACCCGACGCAAACGGCGCCACUGCGGGUUUCAACAGCAGCGACGGCUACAGUAGCCGAAACGGCAUAAACGGAGCGCGGUACAGGGGCGGCCCGGAUGAGCGGCGACCGGCCUGGCAGAGGGAUAGAGACCGUGGACCGACUUCGCGACCGCCUCAGGAUUGGCCAGGCGCCAGAGACGACCCGGACUAUCGAGAUCGCAGAGCGCCGCGCAACCGCGUCCCAGAGCGCGCAGCCGACAUUGACACGUAUAUCCCAAGCUACAGAGGUGAGGAUGGUGGCGGCCGUCGCAGAGAGGACUGGCCGCGCGAUGAGCGCCGACACCGACCGGUUAAUGACCGCUGGAACGACCGCCGCGGCAGAAGUCGCAGUCGGUCGCCCGCCGUUGUCGACAGGAGAGACCGAGAGCGAGACAUGUAUCGACGAUGAAUAUGACGGCCUGUUUUGCUUUGCGCGGAUGGGCUCACGGGAGCUGAGGGUUGCGCCUCUUGCCCGACAUUCGCAUUUGUAAUGAAGACUUCUCAUAGGGGGUUUCGCAUGGCGUUCACGGGAGGGGUCGGGAAGUCAGAAAGGGUAUAUUGAUGUGUACUUAGUGGGCGACAAGGCUCGAUAAGGGUAUCUUGUUUCGCCUCAUCCGUGUAGACGAGUAUAAGGAGACGGGAAUAACAGGCCAUGCCAAAUUGCGCCG